AUGGAUGGAAUGAAUGCAAAGAAAACCGUCUUCGUCACUGGGGCAACGAACAGGCCAGACAUUAUCGACCCGGCAUUGCUCAGGCCUGAACGACCCAUCUCUAAGGAUAUUGACCUUGCAGCUCUUGCCUGUUAUACACAAGGUUUUAGUGGUGCAGAUGCCUGCAAGUAUGCCAUUAGAGAAAACAUUGAAGACGUAAGAGGUUUUCUCCUGCUAGAGAUAUUGAGAGGGAGAGAGAGCCCAGAAGCCAUGGAAGAGGAUGGCAUUGAGGAAGAGGUACAAGAGAUAAAGCCAGCUCACUUUGAGGAGUCAAUGAAAUAUGCCCCGCAGAAGUGUGAGCGAUUCAACCAUCAGGAUACCAACAACACUGCAGGAGGAGCUCCAUUUUCUUCAGCCACAGCUGCUGCACCUGCAGAUGAUCUGUACAGCUGA